GUAUCGCAGACUAAGCAAAAGCCAUGGAGGUUCCAAAAUCUACUCCUUGUUGGAGCAACAUAGUGAAGCAAAACCCUCCACCAGAAAACAGUAGCAAUCACCACCAUGAUCAGUCGCAAUCCGUCGUUGCAGCUAUUGUCGGCAGCUGCAAGUCUACCAAAGGUAUUGCCGUCGCCGUGGUGGAUGCAAACGCCAUUAUACAAGGAGGAGAAAGGCUUCACAACUCCGCCGACAAGUUUGUCUCCAUUGCCAAUGUUCUCCAGGAAGUACGAGAUCCUACUUCUCGCCAUCGCCUCAAUUUCCUGCCGUUCACUGUCGACACCAUGGAACCUUCCCCUGAAUCACUUAAAAAAGUUAUUAGCUUUGCAAGGGCAACUGGAGAUCUACAAACGCUCUCAGACGUUGAUCUUAAACUUAUUGCUUUGACUCAUACCUUGGAGUCCCAAAUCCAYGGAACUAGCCAUCUCCGAGAUACCCCUCCACCUAUUCGCACAGUUAACGUAAAGAGGCUUCCCGAGAAAGAAUUACCAGGAUGGGGGUCCAACGUUCCUAACUUGGCCCAAUGGGAAGCAUUGGAACAUGCAGUUGGGGAUGGAUCAGGACCCGAAUCAAGAAUUCUCCCUCUGAAAGAUCUGAACUUGAACGUUAUUCCUGGAGAUAAGGAUCAAAAUAACGAAGAUUYUGCAUCAGCAAAUGGAUCUGAACCACAAUAUACCGAAAAAUAUUUACCUAAAAAGAAAGAAGUUAAAAUUGAAGGGAAAAAGAUGGUGGCAGAUGGUGUUGAUGCAUCUCAGGGGCAAUUUGAUGAUGAYGCAGGGGAUUGGCUCCCCGCUGUGAGUCGAAGCACCCAUAGGACGUUUUUAAGGAGGAAGGCUAGACGUGAAAUGUAUGAUGCAUCAUCUGAAAAAGACGUUCAAAACGGUGCAAAUUCAGAUACCGGAAAAGAAGAGCAUCUUGAUGAUUCUAAAUGCCCAGAUUUGGUCUACGAGAAUUCAGCUGAAUUAUAUGCUGAAGAAAAGAAAACGGAAAGAAUGACAACUGAUGGGAACAAUGGUGAUGAAGAUCUUUCGACAAUUUUAGAUCAGAUGAGGCUYGAAGAAGAACCAUUGAAGGCGUGUGAAGAUGGUGAAGUGAACGAGAGUGAAGCUGUGAAUGAAGGGUGGGAAAAAUUGGAUGUCACUAGUGAGACGAGUGAAAGUGUUGAUGCAACGUAUGCGGAUGAUGAAAGCAGUGAGCAAAGUUGGAUGUUGAGAUCCCUUUCUGAGUCAAGUGUCGCUUGUGUUACUGGUGAUUUCGCAAUGCAGAAUGUUAUCUUGCAGAUGGGUUUACGGCUAGUGGCACCAGGAGGAAUGCAAAUACGCGAACUCCACAGGUGGAUCCUGAAAUGCCAUGCCUGCUUUAAAGUGACAAUGGAGAUCGGUAGGAUUUUUUGUCCAAGUUGCGGGAAUGGAGGCACUUUACGAAAAGUAGCUGUUACUGUUGGUGAAAAUGGAACUAUUAUUGCAGCUCGUCGACCACGUAUAUCUGUGCGUGGCACAAAGUUUUCGUUGCCUCUCCCACAAGGAGGAAGGGACGCCAUAACUAAAAACCCUAUUCUACGCGAAGAUCAGCUCCCACAGAGGUUCUUGCAUCCCAAGACGAAAAAGAAGAAUAAAGAGGCGAACGAUAUCUUUGCGACGAAUGAGAUGUUUACACACCAUACAGACAAGAAGGCUCCAUUACAACCACCUGUAAGGAAAGCAUUAGCAGUUUUUAGUGGCAAGAGGAACCCUAAUGACAAUCACUAUGCUCGUUCUAACCAUUAGAUUUGUUUCAACAUUUUUCAUGAGUUUGCAUUUUGUCUUUUAAGUUUGUUCCUGAAAACUCGAUCCGAUGGGUUAUUUUUACGUAAUCGUAUUGGUGCAAUUUUGGUUU